AUGCCCAUAGUGGACCAAAGUUCUGUCGGUAUGAACUUUGUAAACCAACAUGCGAAGGAUGGUGAAAUCAGACCUAACGCCAUUGUUGUCUACGUAGGCAAAGAAAAGGCUGUAGAGGGUGAUUCUAAUAAAGAGGGUGAAGCUGAAUCACGUGAUGAAGGUGAUGAAUAUACUGAGCCACGCCCUGUUGUAGAACCGUUAAAGUCGGACAAGGUGCGUUAUGUGGUCAAAUGUCCUAAAGAAGGAUGUAACUGGGGUUUACGAGGUGGUAGGAUUCGAGAUACAGAUAUUUUCUCGAUUAGAAGGCACAACAAGAUGCAUACAUGCUCUCGGGCUAGUCAAAGUUCAAGCAACAGUAAGAGACAAGGCACUCCAAAAUUAGUUGCUUCUCUUUUACAUGGUGAUUAUCCAGGGCAAAUGGAAACUCCACCUCCGAAAAUUAUCAUGGAUCUUGUCAAGACAAAAUUAGGUGUUGAUAUAUCAUAUUCCACGGCGUUGAGAGGGAAAAAUCAAGCUGUUACUGAUUUGAAAGGUAGCCCAGAAGAAAGCUACAAGAUGCUGCGAUGUUAUCUGCACAUGUUAGAGAAGGUUAAUCAUGCUUUGGGAGCUAGCAUUGAAGGAUUUAAAGUCAUGAGGAAAGUUAUAACUAUGGAUGCAACUUUUCUAAAGAACGGAUAUAAGGUAUUUAUGACUGACAGAAAUACAAGUCUCAUUACAGCCAUAGCUAAUGUGUAUCCUCUAGCUCAUCAUGGUUUUUGUAUAUGGCAUUUAUCCCAAAAUGUGAAAGGUUAUGCUCGAAACAUCAACAAAGACGUUGUUGCAUGGAGAUUCAUGGAGUGUAGUAGGUUUUACACAGUGGCUGAGUUCAACAUUGCUUACGCUUCUUUUACGACAAGAUAUCCUUCUGCUGCCAAGUAUCUUGAAGAAUCUACCCAGAAAGAAAGAUGGGCAAGAUGUGUUUUUCCAGGAAAUAGAUACAACCUAGACACAAGCAACUGUGUUGAAUCGUUGAACAGCGUAUUUAAAGAUGCAAGGAGGUACUCCUUGAUACCCAUGCUUGAUGCAAUACUUAAAUUGCAGGACAAUUUAUUUAGUACCUGA